AGUGUGCUUCUAACAGUCGGUUCAUUCGGUGUUCAGAACGGAUUGAUCCCAAGCUCUGCCGGUGGAAAGUGAAUCUCUAGCUGCUGCUGCUGCUGUUCCUGGAAGAAGCGGAUUUUCUCAGUGAUCUGUUCUGUGUGGUGCCUCUUUCACUCUAUUUCUGUGUCUUAUACUCUGUGUUUGCUGUCCUUGAGGAUCAAGGAUCUAGGAAGUGACUUCGUGCUGAACUCUAGCGUUUCUUUCCUGUGUGUUUUAGUGCAAAUUCCUAGCAAGGAUUAGCCAAAAUGUCGUCCUCUGCCGUAACAACGAAAACUUCGAAGUACACCUACAAAUCCAGUGGCGGUGGUACCGCUGAUGUCAGCAUCGAGUACAGCGCUGACCUGAGCGCCUUGUCCAGACUGGAGGACAAGCUGCGCCUGCUGCAGGAGGAUCUGGAGUCGGAGCGCAGCCUCCGCCAGAGGAUCGAGCGCGAGAAGGCCGACCUCAGUGUGCAGGUCAUCCAGAUGUCAGAGCGCCUCGAGGAGGCUGAAGGUGGUGCCGAAAGUGUGCUGGAAAUCAACCGCAAACGGGACGCCGAACUGAACAAACUGCGCAAGCUGCUCGAGGAUGUGCACCUGGAAUCGGAGGAAACCGCGCACAUCCUGAAGAAGAAGCACCAGGAAAUCGUGAGCGAUUUCAACGAGCAAAUCGAAUCACUGACCAAAGCGAAACAGAGGGUUGAAAAGGAAAAGUCCAAGCUGCAAGCCGAGAUCUACGAACUGCUGUCUCAGAUCGAGAGCGUGUCCAAGGAUAAGUCCGUCAGUAUUAAGACCAUCGAGAAGCUUGAAGUGCACGUGACUGAGCUGAACAUUCGCAUCGAAGAGCUGAACCGCACCAUCGUCGAUAUCACCUCCCACAAGACGCGUCUGUCGCAGGAGAACAUCGACCUGGUCAAGAACGUGCAGGAUCUGAAGAUCAACAUCGAAAGCAUCAGCUUCGCCAAGUCCCAGCUCAACUCUCAGUUUGAGGAUGCCAGACGUCGCCUGGAAGAGGAGGAUCGUCGCCGAUCCAUCCUGGAGUCCAACCUGCACCAGGUCGAGACCGAGCUGGAAUCGGUGCGCCUGCAGCUUGAGGAAGAGUCCGAGGCUCGUCUGGAUCUGGAACGUCAACUGAUUAAGGCCAACGGCGAAGCCGGAACCUUCAAGUCCAAGUACGAGGCCGAAGUCAAUGCCCGAACCGAAGAGGUCGAGGAAAUUCGCCGCAAGUACACCAUUCGCAUCCAGGAAUCGGAGGAGCACAUCGAGUCCCUGCAGCUGCGACUGAGCAAGCUCGAGAAGGAGAAGAGCCGCAUGUCGAACGAAAUCGAAAUCCUCAUCAUCGACUUGGAGAAGGCCAACAACGGCAUUCGCGAGUACAGCAAACGUAUCGAAAUUCUCGAAAAAACCAACAUCGAAAUCAAGACCCGUCUGGAGGAAACCAUCACCCUGUACGACCAGUCGCAGCGCGAUCUGAGACAAAAGACCCAGGACUACCAGCGUCUGAGCCACGAACUGGAUGCGACCCGCGAGCAGAAGGAUCAGCUGACGCGCGACAACAACAAGAUGCAGAAGGAGCUGCACGAGUCCCGGGCCGCCAUCACCGACCUGACACGUCGUCUUCAUGACUAUGAAGUUGAGCUGCGUCGUCUGGAGAACGAACGUGAAGAGCUGACCGCCGCCUACAAGGAGGCCGAGUCUGGACGCAAGGCUGAGGAGAAGCGCGCCCAGGCUUUGUCCGCCGAGUACGGACAGUUCCGUCACGAUACCGAGCGUCGUCUGCUGGAGAAGGAGGAAGAAAUUGAGAUCAUUCGGUAAGUGUUGAGCUUUUAUUUUGGGAUUUCGCUAAAUUUUGA